AUGGCGGAGAGGGGAGGAGGCGGCGAGGGAACGUCGUCGUCGCCGGGGAAGAAGGCGAGGAAGCCCUACACCAUCACCAGGCCCAGGGAGCGGUGGUGCCCCGAGGAGCACGAGCGCUUCCUCGACGCCCUGCUCAGGUUCGGCCGCGACUGGAGGAAGAUCGAGGAGCACGUCCGCACCAAGACCGCGGUGCAGAUACGCAGCCACGCCCAGAAGUACUUCCUCAAGGUCCAGAGGCUGGGCCUCGCCGCCGGGCUGCCGCCGCCACAGCACCCGAGCCGCAGGCUCGCCAUGUCGCAGCAGCAGAUCUCGCCGGCCGACGGGACGGCAGUGCUGCACGGACAGCCGCAACAUUGUCCGUCCGGUGCUGUUCAGGGUCCCGUCGGCUGGACCUAUCCGGGACAGGGAGUUCUUCCUGCGUCCAAUGACAUGCAGAACUUGGACUGGGCUUGCAGUUCAGGCAGCUCUGCCUGGGUGAGCCAUGGAGGUGCAGGGAGCCAGACUCAACCAGCCGCAGCAACACAUCCAGGUGGCAGCUCAUUCAUGGGGGCGCCGAGCUUCGACGAUACGGGCAUGGACUGGACUGGCACGGGCAGCACAGGCGAAGCGUCGGCGAUCGCCGAUGCAGAGGAUGAGACGAUUCCACUUCCCUUGUCCCCUGACGACAUGCAUUUCGCGCGGGUAUACCGGUUCAUCGGCGACAUAUUCGACCCGGCCACGCCGUGCCGCAUCGAAGCCCACCUGCAGAAACUCAAGGACAUGGAUGGGAUCACUGUGAAGACGAUCCUGCUGGUGCUAAGGAACCUCGAGACCAACCUGACAGCGCCUCAGUUUGAGCCCAUCAGGCGGCUGCUGUCGAGGUAUGACCCCGGGCGAGGCCUGUCUGGCCAGCUAUAG